CAAUUUAUCUGUCACACGUCAGUUGUUGAUUUACUUAUUUUAUUUAGCAGCUGUUGGAAAUGUUGCGAAUUUUAUUUAUAUUUCUGCUCUUAGUCCUGCUAAGGGACUCGAGCAGCGAGGAAACCGCUGAGGAGGAGCAAGGUGUACGCUAUGCAAAUCGCUGCGAGGCAUGUAAAAUUCUCUCCGCCGAAUUGGAAGCGCGCUUGGGCGAAACCGGCAAAUCGCACGAAGUAAUUGAGAUUGGUUACUCGGUGGACGAUGUGCGUCCCAAGAAGCGCACCGAAUACAGACGCAGCGAACUGCGCCUGCUCGAGUCCCUAGAGAACGUAUGCGAACGCGUGCUCGAGUACAAUCUGCACAAGGAGCGCACGGACAGCACCCGAUUUGCCAAGGGCAUGUCGCAGACAUUCCAAACGCUUCACGGCCUGGUGGACAAGGGUGUCAAGGUGGAUCUGGGCAUACCCUACGAGCUGUGGGACAAACCACCCGUCGAGGUCACCCAGAUGAAAAACCAAUGCGAGAACAUGCUCGAGGAAUACGAGGAUGCCAUCAGCGAUUGGUAUUUUAAGCUGCAGCAGGUGAAAUCGCUGCAGCAGCAUCUCUGCGAGGAUCAUGUCCUGAAGCGGCGAGAGGAGCGCGAGUGCCUUAAGGAGCAGCUGCCACAACAAGCUUCCACUAAGGGUGACAAGCAGGAGUUGUAGUUAUAAGCAUAAAAGUCCAAUUUACCUUUAAGCAUUUGCCAUUAAGGGAACAAACUGUUUUUUGCGUAGUCUAAGUAGAAAACUUACUCUCUGUCUGAAUUCCGGAAUGCUUCCAAUGUGACUGAACCACAAAUUGCAAAUGCAUCGACGAGUUUGGCCCACUAUCGAUUUGCAACCCAAUUCCAAUGGGUGGAGUUAAAGUAGGAAACCCCUAAAAAUAACUGCAAACA